UCUCAAUUGCGAAAUUCCUCUUUGUCCGUCGUUCGUUGCUCUAUUCCGGCGAUACGUGUGUCUCUGAUCCGAGCAAUCUCACUCCAAUAGCUUGAUUUUCUGAAUUUUCCGAAUCUGAUCUCUGAUGGAUAGUGGAACCGUCAACAUCAAGAAAUGGGUAGUGAUAUAUCCAGUUUAUAUUAACUCAAAGAAAACUGUAGCUGAGGGAAGAAGAAUCAGUGUGAGUAAAUCAUGUGAGAACCCGAAUUGCAUUGAGAUUAGUGAUUGUUGCAAGCAUUUGAAACUCCCUAGUGCCGUCGAGAUUGACAAAGCAUACCCGCGCGAUUUCAUGCAAGUAGGGAGAGUGAGGGUGCAAUUGAAAAGGGAAGAUGGGACUUUACUCAAUCCAUCCAUUACUUCAAGGAAGCAUCUGCUGCAGAAAAUUGCAGAGUUGGUACCAAGACAUCCAGAGAGAGUGAAGAAGCAGGAAGCUCAGAAAGCGAAGAAGCAGGAACCUCAGGCCACAACUUCAACCUCUGGAACUUCUUCAAAGUCAGGCAAAGGUGGCAAGAAGAAGAGAUAAACUAGCCCUCUCUGUCUCACAUUUAUUUUUCUCCUCGCAUCAGAUUUUUUGGCUUUUAAUCUCUUUAACUUACUGAGAAGAACACAAAGGUGUUUGCUGCUUAGUCUCUUUCACUCGUAAGCUAUUUUAUUUUCAUCA